AUGUUCUUUCAAGGAUCCCUCCAGGAUGGCAUUGCCCUCGCUGUGCGCGAGAGCAAGGCUGUGGUGUGCUUUGUCCGAGACGACGAGCAACUGAGCUCAACAUGGGAGGAUGAAUAUCUUACUGAUGAUGAGGUUGCGCCAGUCCUCGACGCCAAAGCGGUCCUAUUGCGCCUGGCUGCUGGGACCCAAGAAGCCGGUUUCUUGACCACAUUCUGUCCCAUAGCAAAGUUCCCAACUGUUGUUGUCAUCAAGAAUGGCACGCUGCAAGAGUACCUGACGCCCGAGCUUGUGAAAGACGAUAUGAAGAGCCGCUUAAUUGCAGUCCUAGAAGGUGAUAAAGAUACCGUUACUGCUCAGCAGUCACAGCAGAGCAGUCCUGCCCCUAUGAACAGCAAUGCUGCACCUACGGCUAGUUCAACUGCUGCUACAUCUGCCACAUCCGCUACACCCAGUGCCUUCAAUGCUCCAUCACGACAACAAUACCAUCAAUACCCAAGCGCCUCCCAAAUAUUUGCCCAACAUCCAUCCCAAGCGAGCACAAAUAUGGACAGCCCCGCAGCAGAGAAACCGGCAGAGAAACCGGCACCGCCGCAGCGGCAGCCACAGAAAGAUGGCCUGAAAGGCAAAUCCAAGGGCAAGCAACCAGCGACACCAGUAAAUCAAGCAUCUCAGAAACUCAAACCGAAGGCAGACAAGAAGCCAGCACCUAAAGUCGAAGAGGCAAAGCCACAACCCCCGGUUCCUCGUGGACCUCCAAGCCAGUACCGAAUCCAGGUGCGACUGUUUGACGGCCGCUCGAUUCGAUCCAGCUUCACACCCACACAGACUAUCCGCGGCGAUGUUCGUCCCUGGUUGGAUGAACAAAUGGAGGAUGACAACCGCCCAUACAACCUUAAACACAUCUUGACACCUCUUCCCAACCGAACCCUCUCUGUUGCCGAGGAGUCGCAGACACUCCAGGAUUCAAGUCUCGGCUCUACUGCCAACCUCGUCAUGGUUCCUGUUCAGACUUACACGACAGCCUACGCAUCAGCUGGCUCCUUGCCUGGGCGGGGAAUUUCUGCCGUGUAUAACGUGGUUUCAGGCGUUGCCAGUGCAGCUACUGGUAUUGUAGGCUCAAUUCUCGGGUACGGAUCCAGUGCACCAGCGAGCGAGGCUCAACCUGUGCCUCCUCCACCGGGUCAGAAUGCUCAGCGACCACGCGCAACCGGAAUGAACAUUCGCACGCUGCGGGACCAGCAAAAUGAACGGGGCGAUAAUCAGUUCUACAACGGGAACCAGUUGAACUUCGAACCGCGGAAGAAGGAGGACAAGGAUAACUAG